GAUGCGCAGGUUUCUGCCCAGUCGCCUAGACACAGAUUUGAAGGUCUUUAGACGGUGGGUGAAUAAAGACGGGGAAAAGUGCUGUGGCAUAGAUAACGAUAUGUGCAAAGACUUGGCUUUUUUGACGAAUUGCCAAGAAUUAAUUCAUCACCAUGGAGGGCUCUGAGCAGAGGAGGGUCCCGAUCUGUCAGGUCUGAACAGGCUCCCUCUGGCUGUCGCGUGGGGGAAUAGACCGAGGGGGGGGAACACAAGGAAAUGACUCCCAUCAGCCUCCACCAAUGGUACCGGGGCAGUGGAGGUGUGCGAAGUGAUUUGAGGGUAAGAUAUAGAACAUACAAGAAAGGGAGGGGUCUGGACCCAGAAGAGGAAAGGUGGUUUGGGUAAGAAGAGCCAGAGUCUGAGACCCCAUUAGACCAGGAAGGUUAAGAGAAGCCACACUCCAGGGCUGUGUGACCCCACCUGAGCUAGGCUGGUGGAGUGAGAGUGAGUGUCAGGGUGUGACCUGGGUCCCGACUGUCCUCCCCUAGACUAGAGUUGUGUGUGGCUUGGGUACAGGAUGAGCCAAACCCAUCUUUGUUUGGUAGAGGGGAAACUUAGCCUAGUGAGCAUGGUGCCUACUUGAUGAGUGAUGACGGGUGAAGUAUCAGAGCUUCUCAGAUUCCCAGAGUCCCCUGGGGAGCGGUAGCCCCUCCCCUUUCUGGUGUCUGAGCGUGGGCAGUGCUGGGAUUAGGAAGCUAAAGUUUUGACAAGAAUCAUCCGGGUUGCUCAGACAUGCUGAUCUGGAGGCCGCUGCUAUUCCACCUUUCCCUUCCCAAUCACACACUCUUCAAAGUCCACACAAGCCCCCUCUCUACACCACACCCACACCUUGUGCCCUCCAGGCUAUAUCAAGAUUCCAAGAUGCACCAGGCUGCAGGGGGCACCUCCCCUACCUGCUGCGUUGGGGUCUGCCAGAGACCUUGUAUUUUUUUCUUCUGUGGAAUGCCUGCCAGGCUAAUGCCCAACUUACUCUCAACCCUUUGUGACCACGCACACCCUGAAACGCUUAGCCCAGGAGGCAGGUCGUGCCAUCCCCCCCCCUGUGAAGACCUCUGUAUACACUAGUUAACAUAACCCAAUUCCGAGGCAACAGACUUUGGUCUCCACAGGGUCUUGAAUGCUCCAAGGUUGGAUGAUGUAGUAAAGGGAGAUCAAAAAGAAGCUGAGAGUGGGAGGAAUCACAGCCAGCCCUGAUGCGGAGUGGAUAAGAUGGCUGCAGCAGAGGCGGUGCACCACAUACACCUGCAGAACUUCUCCCGCUCGCUGCUCGAGACCCUCAACGGGCAGCGGCUGGGUGGUCACUUCUGCGACGUGACUGUGCGGAUCCGUGAGGCUUCGCUGCGUGCCCACCGCUGCGUGUUGGCUGCCGGCUCGCCCUUCUUCCAGGACAAGCUGCUGCUCGGCCACUCCGAGAUCCGCGUGCCGCCAGUGGUGCCGGCGCAAACGGUGCGCCAGCUCGUCGAGUUCCUCUACAGCGGCUCGCUUGUAGUGGCACAAGGCGAAGCGCUGCAGGUGCUCACGGCCGCGUCGGUGCUGCGCAUCCAGACGGUCAUAGACGAGUGUACCCAGAUCAUCGCCCGCGCCCGAGCCCCGGUCCCCGGCGCGCCCGCGCCCCUGCCCACGCCCGUGCCCCCACCUCUUGCACCUGCGCAGCUACGCCACCGCCUGCGCCACUUGCUGGCCGCGCGCCCUCCGGGCCACCCCGGUGCCGCGCAUAGCCGCAAGCAGCGCCAGCCCGCGCGCUUGCAGCUGCCGGCGCCCACUGCGCCCACCAAGGCGGAGGGGUCGGAAGUCGACCCCUCCCUACCCGCGGCCACAGACGACGGCGGUGACGGCGAGGAGGACACCGAUGAUGAAACCGACGGCGAGGACGGCGAAAGCGGCGGCCCAGGAGAGGGCCAAGCGCCCCCUUCCUUCCCAGACUGCGCUGCCGGCUUCCUCACCGCCGCCCCUGACAGCGCGUGCGAGGAGCCGCCCGCACCCGCCGGCCUUUCGGACUAUGGCGGCGCCGGCAGGGACUUUCUUCGGGGCGCUUCGGCGGCCGAGGAUGUGUUCCCCGAGAGCUACGUCUCCGCUUGGCAAGAUGAGGAUGGCACCGCGGCGGAAGCCUGUCCCGCCGAGACGCCGGCCCCGCCUGACUGUGUCCUGUCUGGAUCCCGAGCCCCAGGCGUGAAGACCCAGGGGCCACCUGUCUCACUUUUCCCCUUUCAUCUGGGCGCUCCUGGGCCACCUGCGCAACCUCCUUCCGCACCCUCGGGGCCUACUCCUGCGCUCCCUUCCGCCUUCUAUCCCACACUCCAGCCAGAUGCGGCCCCUAGCGCUCCUGCUCCGCCGGGGGAGGCCCCAGCCCCGCCCACCGCUCCCGCUGCGGCCCCCUCGGCCACCCCUGCCAGAGCCCCGGGUUCCGAGCCGCCUGCCUAUGAGUGCAGUCACUGCCGAAAGACGUUCAGCUCGCGGAAAAACUACACCAAGCACAUGUUCAUCCACUCGGGGGAGAAGCCCCACCAAUGCGCCGUGUGCUGGCGAUCUUUCUCGCUGCGCGACUACCUGCUGAAGCAUAUGGUCACGCACACAGGCGUGCGCGCCUUCCAGUGCGCUGUCUGCGCCAAGCGCUUCACGCAGAAGAGCUCACUCAACGUGCACAUGCGCACGCAUCGGCCCGAGCGCGCGCCGUGCCCCGCCUGCGGCAAGGUCUUCUCACACCGCGCGCUGCUGGAGCGCCACCUGGCCGCGCACCCUGCACCUUGAUCCAGGCCUGGGCCCGGCUACGCCUGCCGCGGGAUUGACCACGCUCCCGCGCUGUAGGCCAACCCCUGCAGGUCCGCGACCUCCUGUGGAACUAGGCCACGACCACUGCGGAACCGGUAACACCCCUGCCGAGCCGCUUCACACCUGCCUAGACGCCUUGACCACGUUCCCACUACCAAACCACGUUUUCCCCAGAGCGCAGGCCCUCCCUCUGCUACCACCCUUCUUUCCAGACCUGACCAGGGGUUAAGCCUGCCUUACUACUGUACUCCUUCGUACUUGGACCCUCCUGAUAGUGGCAGGCUGGGGAUGGGGUUGGUCAGAGACCCGACCAUCCCUGAGAACUGGAUCAUCUCCAGCCUAAACUGGGCGCUCAGACCCUUGGGCCAGGCCCAAGAUUUGUGGCUCUGACUCCUUGCGUGAGUGUGGGUUCUGGAGCUGCUCCUCUCUGCCCCAGUGUCAAGCUGGGUAAGAACCCUGGCUCCCCACCCUGAACUACCCCUCCCUCAAUCUGGUGUCUAAGGGGGCUCAGUGGACCCAUCAUGGACUGGGGUCGGGCCUCGGGACUCCUGCUCUCUAAUAAAGUACUGUGGGCCAUGGGUCCGGAACCCGG